UUUAUGUCAUGGGCAGAACACGAUGAUAACAUCAAACAAAGCCCCAUUCCUACAAUUACAUUGGAAUUGCACCCGGUAGAACUUGUCAGCAACAGAAUUGGAAAAGAAAAUUCCAAUCUCAAGGAAACAGGAUCACAAAGUGCCCCUCAUUCUGGAGAAGAACUCUUUGACUCAGAUCCAGAAAGAGAAGGAUUGCUCCUGAGGGUGGUAUCUCAAGCUCCAAGCUCCACUCCAGACUUUGCAGAUAAUCAAACAAUACCAACCAGGAAAAAACCUCCAUCCCUAAAGCAGUUAAAUGUUGCAAGGAAGCGCUUGAGGCCACAAGCUAUGCCAACUGUCUCGGAAAGACUAGUAGAGCCUCAUCCCAGUGUUUCAUUAUCAUUAUCUUUCUUAGAAAAAUCCCCUGUAUUAAAGGACAUUUCUUCUGAAACCAGAGAGGUAAAGGAACAUAUCCCAGAAUUUCCAUUGUGGGUAAACAGAAGACGACAUAGUGGAUUCAUCCCUCAAAUACCUUUCCAGUUAACUCCAUAUACAGCACAGCCAUCAAACCCACACAAUCCAGAUUCUGUAAAGUUGUCUUUACCUGAUAUAAACACUUCAGUUCAAGCGGAUGAGCCUGAUAGGACACAUUAUGGAGACAAUGAUAUGGUCGCAGAUGAAAGCCAAGAUACUACCACAUCUACUAUAAUAACUACGACAGUGAUAACAACUGAGCAGAGUCCAGUUCAAUGCAGUGUGAACUUCAUGGAACCAGAAGGAUACAUUGAUUCAACAGACUACCCUCCACUUCCUUUCAAAAAUUUCCUGGAAUGUACCUACAAUAUCACAGUCUACAUGGGUUAUGGAGUGGAGCUACAGGUUAAAAGUGUUAACCUCUCUGAAGGCGAGCACCUGUCUAUUCGAGGUAUAAAUGAGGAUGGUCUUGUGGUCUUAGCAAAUGAAACUCUUCUGGUUGAAGGUCAGGUCAUCCGAAGUCCAACCAAUACCCUUGCAGUUUACUUCAAAACAUUCCAAGAUGAUACAAUCGGAACCUUUCAGCUGCAUUAUCAAAUUUUUAUGCUGAGCUGCAGUUUUCCUCGAAGGCCAGACUACGGAGAAGUUACUGUCAUGGAUCUUCAUGCUGGAGGAACAGCCCAUUUUCAUUGUAAUAUGGGAUAUCAGUUGGAAGGAUCUAGAAAUCUUACAUGCAUCAAUGCUUCAAAACCAAGAUGGAGCGAUAAAGAACCUGUCUGCUUAGCUCCUUGUGGAGGAAGAAUUCAAAAUGCCACCAUUGGAAGAGUUCUGUCCCCAAACUUUCCAAGCAACUAUAGCAACAACCUCUUUUGUGCAUGGACAAUAGAUGCUCCGGGAGGACAGAAAUUACAUCUGCAUUUUGAGAAGUUCAUUUUGGCAGAAAAAGACAGAUUGGCAGUGUACAGCAAUGGGAAGAUUCUCUUUGAUUCUGCAAAAACAGAAAUGGUGCCGUUUGAAGGUCUGAUUAGUGAAGGGUCUUGCAUUAGGAUUGAAUUCUCCACAGAUGAGUCCAAAACAGCCCCUGGGUUCAAUGUUCGCUUUGAAGCCUUUGAAAGAGGACACUGCUACGAACCAUAUAUACAAAAUGGCAACUUCACAACAACUGACCCUACAUAUAGUAUGGGAACUGUGGUGGAAUUUUCAUGUGACCCCGGCCACUCUCUGGAACAAGGACCAGCUAUCAUAGAGUGUAUUAAUAUGAAAGACCCUUAUUGGAAUGACACAGAGCCACUCUGCAGAGCAAUGUGUGGUGGUGAGUUGUCUACCCCUGCAGGGGUUAUAUUGUCACCCAACUGGCCUGAUUUAUAUACAGAAGGAGAAGACUGCAUAUGGCGAAUCCAUGUUGGAGAUGAUAGAAGAAUAUUCCUUGAUAUUCAGUUGCUAAAUUUGAGUAACAAUGACAUCCUAACUAUUUAUGAUGGAGAUGAAAUUACUUCAAAGAUUUUAGGACAGUUUGUUGGAAGUAGCAAUCCUCAGAAGCUCUACUCAUCCUCUCCUGACCUCUCCAUUCAGUUUCAUUCAGAUCCAGCUGGGAUGAUCUUUGGAAAGGGCCAAGGUUUUAUCUUAAAUUACAUAGAGGUGUCCAGAAAUGACUCAUGUUCAGACCUUCCUGAAAUUCAGAAUGGAUGGAAAACAACAUCUCACACAGAUCUUGUCAGAGGAGCAAAAAUUACUUACCAGUGUGACCCAGGAUAUGAUAUUGUGGGAAGUGAAACCUUAACCUGUCAGUGGGAUCUCAGCUGGAGCAGCGACCCCCCAUUUUGUGAAAAAAUCAUGUACUGCACAGAUCCUGGAGAGGUGGAGCACUCCACUCGUCUUAUUUCAGAUCCGGUCCUCUUGGUGGGAACCACCAUCCAGUACACAUGCAACACUGGCUUUGUUCUUGAAGGAAGCUCUCUUCUAACAUGCUACAGUCGGGAGACGGGGACACCCAUCUGGACUUCAAGAAUUCCACACUGUGUUUCUGAAGAGUCGCUUGCCUGUGAUAAUCCUGGCCUACCAGAAAAUGGCUAUCAAAUACUCUACAAAAGGCUUUAUCUUCCUGGAGAGUCACUCACUUUUAUGUGCUAUGAAGGGUUUGAAUUAAUGGGAGAGGUCACAAUAAAGUGUAUCCUAGGUCAGCCAUCACAAUGGAGUGGACCACUUCCGAUAUGCAAAGCAACACAAGACAGAUUUGAACAUGCAUUACAAGUGGCAGAAGCAGCCGAAGAAACAUCCUUGGAAGGAGGGAACAUGGCAUUAGCAAUAUUCAUUCCAGUAGUGAUCAUUUCUGUGCUGCUUGGAGGAGCCUACAUUUACAUAACAAGAUGCAGAUAUUAUUCCAGCCUUCGCCUUCCUCUUAUGUAUUCUCAUCCAUACAGCCAGAUAACAGUAGAGACAGAGUUUGACAAUCCAAUCUACGAGACUGGGGAAACGAGAGAAUAUGAAGUUUCAAUAUAG